GUGACUGUAAUCAUUUACAGAAUCCGGCUUCAUCCAUUGUCAAAGUACCCCGGGCCAUACUUGGCAAGAUUCACAGACUGGUAUUCGGUAUACCAUUGCGCUCUUGGAGACCGGCAUAUCGAUUUCUACAGACUGCAUCAAAGAUAUGGUCCGAUCGUUCGAUAUGGGCCACACAGAAUCUCCAUCAAUACGAAUACCGCUCUAAGGGAUGUGUACCAUGUUCGUGCAAAUGUUCAGCGGAGUACCCUCUUCAAUGUGUUCAGUCACUUCUUCAAAGUGUCGACCGUCUUGACGACCAUCAGUCGCAAAGUACAUGUUUCCAAACGUCGCAUAAUGACCGAGGCACUUAAUGCCACCACGAUGAAAGGAACCGAGGAGGUCACACUCGAAAAUAUCAGAUUUUUCUGUGAUAGAAUGCUCGAUGCGUCCCCGGAAAAAUCACGAGAAUGGAGCUCAGGCCGAAACAUGACGCUCUGGUGCGGAUGGUUGCUCACUGACAUUUCUGGAGACGCGAUAUUCCAUAAGAGCUGGAAUAUGCUCAGGAGUACGGAGAAUCGCGAUAUCUUCCACAUACUUGGAGAAGGGGCCGGCGGUCUUGUUAUGGUCGGACAUAUGCCCGACAUUCUGAAGCUCAAAAUCGACAGAAUUCUCUUCCGUAAGGCUACAGAAGGGACCUAUAAAUAUCAAAAGGUCGCUGCUGAACAGUCCGAUUGGAGGCUGCAACAGGCUGAAAACAUCAAAGACCCCGAUAUCUUCGGCUCCCUGAUGAACACGAAAGACCCUGAAACAGGUCGUAGCCUCACACGUGAAGAGCUCAUCGGCGAAGCAGGAUUUCUCAUCAUCGCGGGAAGUGACACGACGGCAUCUGCAGUAACCGCGACCAUCUUCUACUUGCUCCACUAUCCGCAGUGCCUUGAAAUCGCCCGGAAGGAGGUAGACCAGCACUUUCCCAACAUAGAAGACAUUCGAUCUGGAGAAUCACUCACGGCAUGUAAAUACCUGUACGCUUGCAUUACAGAGGCGAUGAGGCUGUGCCCAUCCGUGGGUGGCAUUACCCCACGAGAGGUCAUGGACGGAGGAAUCGUCAUCGAUAAUCAAGAAUUCCCCGCUGGCACAGAGCUCGGUGUCCCGCACUACGCCCUUCAGCACAUGGAGGAAUACUUCCCACAGCCGUUUAGUUACGUGCCGACGAGAUGGCUUCUUGCGUCUCAGCAUGAAGACGGCGUGCCGCUGGAGGAAUGGAAACUUGCAAACUCGGCCUUCGCGGCUUUCGGUGUGGGGAGAACGCAGUGCAUUGGGAAGGUCCAGGCUUAUUCGAGGGCGAUGACCAUCAUUGCGCGUCUUCUUCGUCUGUUCGACAUGAGACUGGAUCCUGAUUCUUCUAUUGGGGAGGGUAACCCUGUUCUAGGGGAGGGUCGCCAUAGGAAGAAUGAGUUCCAGACGUGGGACCAGUUUACUUCGCGCCACGAUGGACCUAUGGUUCAAUUUCGUCCGCGAUGA